CUAACCUCGUGUGAGAAUCAGGGCUUUACCUCAGUGGCUUUCCCAGCUCUCGGAGCCGGGAUGAUCCUUCGUUUUCCAGAGAACGUUGCGGCGCAAGUCCUACUGGAAGAAAUCCACAGUUUUAUCCAACAACGAACCAGCAAAACUCCAUUCACGAUCAACAUUGUCUGCCCUCCAAGUAACCAAGAGCUAGAAAAGACUUUCAACAACAUCCAGGAAACUUUGGAGCAUCCUGUUCCCCAAGACUUGGAGUCAAUGCGGGUUAUCCUUUUGGGAAAAACUGGAUCAGGGAAGAGCAGCUUGGGGAACACAAUUCUGGGAGAGGACUUUUUCAAAAGUGACAACACUCCCAACUCCGGGAUGAAGCAAUGCCAAUCCAAAACCAAAUCAGUCAACGGGAAAAACAUCACCCUUAUUGACACGCCUGGUUUAUUUGAUUCGGCACGUCCAGAGGAGGAGCUUAUGCCAGAAAUUCUAAGCUGUCUUACCGAAAGCACUCCGGGCCCGCACGCAUUCAUAAUCGUGCUAAAAGUCGAAAAAUUCACCACGCAAGAGCAAGCCAUCAUCACGAAAAUUUGCCAUAACUUUUCCAAAGAAGCCUUACAAUACGCUACUGUUGUCUUUACGCAUGGCGACCAACUUACUUCGGGCAUGAAUAUUGAAACAUUUAUCAAACAAAACAAAGGACUGAGCGAGCUAGUCCAAAAAUGCGGUAAUCGUUGCCAUGUUGUUGACAAUUCAUACUGGAACGAUCACCAGUCAGACCAGUACAGAAGUAACCAAUAUCAAGUUGAGGAGUUGCUCGAAACUAUUGAGGAAAUGGUAAAAUCAAACAACUGGGGAUAUUAUACUAAUAAGGCGUUCAAAACGUUCGAGAAAGACAUUGAGAAGGAGAUGGAAGAAGUUAGCAAAGAAUCUAACACAUUUAUCCCACCAGAAGUUAUCAGAAAAGAAGCCACACAGCGCGUUUCUAAUAGGUGGUUGAUCAGUCUUACAGGUAUCGGCACAGGAGCGUUACUUGGAGCUGUUUUUGGAGUUGAAGCAUUUGUUAGACUGAUCAUCACUGCAGUUGAAAAGGCAGUGGUGUUGAAACCUGCGCAGAAGCUAGCAUCGAUGGCAGGGUUAUCCAUAGCAACAAGUGAUAUAGUGGCGGCAGGAGCGGUAGGAGCAGCGGGGGCGGUGGCGGCUGGGGGUAUUUAUGGAGGCGUGAUUGAAGACAGAGCAGCAGACGGAGCCAAUUCAGUGAAAGAGGCUUAUGAGAGGGCUUUGAACGCAAUAGUGAGCACAAAGGAGAGCUAUUACUAG